CAUUCACAUGAACUUUUGUUUAAAUAAACACUGAUUUCAAUCCAGUAUUAUUUGUAACUUCUGACCACUAUAAAUAGGCAUAACAAUAAUAUAACGAGUAAAGUGGAACUUUAAUUAGUUUUAUAUUUGACCACUAAACAUAUUAAAUAAGUGAAAUGAACAACUCUAUUUAUUUACUACUUACUAUCUCUAUUGUUUGUGUAAACUGGAUAACUCUAAGUGCUAAGCCAUUUCACUUAAAAAGUAAAGCUUCUGAAAAUGGAAACGAACUUCUUGAUAUUAAUAAUGAUGAUCAAUAUUCUGACUAUGAUGAAAUAAAACGAAUUUUUCAAGAAGGUCCCAUUAACGGUCAACAACCUACUAGGACGACAUCGUCAAUGGCAACGACAACACAGAAACCUACGACUGAAUCAGAUAAAGAGGAAAUUGAAGAAUCAGUAGUGGAGGAUUUAGAUGACCAAUCACCAUGUAGCGGUGGAGGGGCAAUAUUUACAUAUACGAUACGCGGUGAUGAUAUAGAUGGAGAUGGUCAUAUGGAAUCCAAUAAUAAUGAUGAUAUGCUUGUAGAUGAUUAUGAUUUCGACCCAGUCUAUUCUUGGUAUGGAAGAGAGGAUGCUUAUCACCGACGUCCAAGUAAACCGUAUCGUAAACCUUCGCGUAAUACAUGGUAUUCACGAUAUGACAGUUUCCCUUUCUAAAGUUUUCAUAAAUACUGAAUGCAAAGUAAUGAUAUUACACCAAACAUACAUUUUUAAUCAGUUAUAAUAUUUUUUAAUCAUGACGUUUAUAUUGAUCAACCUAACACUCAAUAAAUGACUACUAACAAUCAACAGUAGUAUGUUUUUAUAUUUUAACUACUAGUGAUUAUGAUUACUUUGAUGUAGAAUCUGAGUUCCUAUUUUCAUAAUAAACAAGAUUUAAAAAUUU